AUGGAAGACGACCUUAUAGAAGCCUUUACUGAGGUCGUAAUAAACAAUAAACCUACAUCCAUACUUGGGCCAGUUUUCGAAAACCUUCAAAAUGGUGAGCAAGAACCCGAAGCUCUUGCUCAGUGCGUUCUUGAUGUUAUAUGGUACAUUGAUAGUACCAUUAUUGACGGCGUAAAUGACAAAGCGACCGAAAACGAUUGUCGUCGAAAUCUCAUUAAUAUUGUCAAAUAUCUUCACGCAAAUAAUAUCGUCGACACCAAAAGUAUGAAGACGAAAUUAGAUAUUUCCCUACUAGAAAAUGCCGGUGUCGUAGAAGAGAAAACUUUUGGCCGACGUUGUGUGAGAAUUAACACAGCAAUGCUGUAUAAACAACAAAAAUAUAAUCUUGCCCGUGAAGAAUCCGAAGGAUACGCAAAAUUAAUAUGCGAAUUAGCAAUGUGUUGUGAUUCUAUAUACAAAGAAGACGAUGUAUCUCUAAAUGCACGUACGCAAAGUAUUUUGGAGGCUAUUCAAACACUAAUAGGGUUUUUCAAUCUGGAUCCAAAUCGCGUCUUGGAUUUAAUUCUUGAUAUAUUUAUCGUUAACGUGAAGACUCACUAUGAAUUCUUCAUACAACUUUUAAAAAAUUCUCCAUGGUUACCUGAUCCUAUGGAUGUAAUGGAGAACCAUGAUGAAUGGUCGAAUGAUAAAGGAAACCCAAUAUGUGCUCAAUUAUUAGGCAUAAAGUACACUCGUUAUGAGGGUUCUGACAUGAUUCCAAAUGCAUUUUCAUAUUUAUAUGUCACCUCCGCUAUAUUAAUACAUAAUCAAAUCGUAAAAAUUGCUGAUUUAUAUUCAUAUAUCCUGAAAGAAUCUGAAGAUAAUCCACAUGAACAUGAAAUUGGCCUUGCGUGCGCUCUUCUUGAAAUAGGUGAUUUUUACCAUGCACGCUAUAUCUUAUAUCAUCUUCCCGAGAUCGAAGAAUCCAUAGCCAGUUGCUUACGUCAGAUGAUCAAUAUAGCAAUUUAUGAACUUUAUGCUCCAAUCGCUCCUCGUUUAGUAAAGCGUCUCCAACCUCCGUCCUUUUUUGGUUCUUGGUACAAACGUUGGCGGGAAGGAAUACCUGUCAUUCACUCUUUCUCAGAUCUUAUUGAAGGACAAGGACGCCAAUUACUACUUUUUAUUGGUCCGUGGCUUGCUAGAGAUCUUAUAUUAUUUACAAAAAUUAUGCGAAUCACAUAUCGACACCUAGAGGAAUCGAAAAAUUCUUCGGAUUACGAAAUAAUCCAAAAUAAAUGGUUAGACAUUAUUCGAUCCACAAUUAUGCCUAGCAUAGCCAUGCCAGAUACCACUUGUGGCGUGAUAGAUGAGUUAUGGAACAUUAUUAAGUUGUUCCCAUAUAAAACAAGAUUUAUUAUUUAUGCUGAAUGGAGAUCGGCCUAUGAAAUAUAUAAACCGUUAAAAGAUCAAUGUAAAAAGGUUAGUCAUGAGACGAAAAAAAUCUUGAAAAGGAUUACUGAAGAAAAUUGUCGUGAAAAAGGUCGUGAACUCGCAAAAAUUUCUCAUGCAAAUCCAGCGAUUGUAUUCGAAAUUAUUCUAAAACAAAUUCAAGCUUACGGCAAUAUGAUUAAUUCGCUUGUUGAAGCUUGUAAAUAUUUUACCGCAUUCGAGUAUGAUAUUUUGACGUACCAGAUGUUGGAUGUUUUUUCUAGUGAUAGAGAAAGGCUCAAGGAUGAUGGCAUGAAUAUUGGCGAUUGGCUUAAACACUUAUCUGAAUUUUGUGGAAAUAUGUGCCGAAAAUACGAAAAAAUGAACCUUUCAAGUAUUCUUUUAUUCAUCAUUUGCAGACUUAAAGACCGCAAUUCUGUGGAUUUAUGUGUUCUUUCUCAACUUAUUACUGCAAUGUCGGGAAUUAAAUAUGAAAUGAUUCCAUCAAAAUUUGACGUAGCUCUCAUGGGUACUGGUGAACAUUUACGGAAUAUUAAAUUGUUUAACCGAAAUCAAAAGAAUGUCCGUCGUAAUUCUUCAAGGUUAAGUCAAACUCUUGUUGAAGAGGGAUUUGCUGUAAAGAUUGCAGUUUUAAUUGCUCAGUUGGCACAAAGCAUUCCAUAUGAGGCGCUUGGUGAAAGUUCUAAACACCUUAAAUCUGUUGUUCAUCGUAUGGAUCUUUGUCGUAACACUUACAUCCAAUAUGCUGAUUUUUUGGCAAUAACUAUUGGAAUGGAUGAAUAUUCUAAAAUUAUACCAGAUAUUGAAAAAUUGGUUAAAACAUAUCAUUUACAAAUGGAAUAUGCGUUUAUGUUGUUACGGCCAGUAUUGAAUUAUAAGCUGAAACAAUAUGCAGAUGAAUCAUCUUCAAUGGAUGUUGACAAUGAAACGGUAAUAUGGCAAUCCCCAUUAUCCAAUAUAAUCGAUCAAGUUAGAGCCACUUUACCCUCACAUGUAUGGAAUGGAAUUAGUCCACAUUUCUUUAUUACUUUCUGGCAAAUGUCUUUAUAUGAUUUGGAGUUUCCGCAAGAAGAAUAUCGAAAGGCUAAAAAUGAUUUAUUAAACUCUGCUAACGGUGACAAAGUCCGAGAUAAAUCAAAGAUUAUUGAUGUCGCCAGACAAAUUGAUAAAGACAUGCGGAAGCAUGAACAACACGUGAAAAAUGUUAAAAACAGAUUGAGAAUCGAGAAAGACCAUUGGUUCUCUGGACAAUUUACUAAUCGUCAGGACAUUAUUACACAGUUUUGGCAGUAUUGCCUUUUUCCACGAUUAAUCACUAGCGCUGAUAAUGCCGUAUUUUGUGCAAAAUUUAUUGAAACAAUGCAUGAAAUUGGUACUGUUAAUUUCUCAACGCUUACACUAUACGAUCGGAUUUUUGCAGACCAAGUACAGCCUUUAAUAUUCGCUUGUUCUGAAUCUGAGGCUCGAAACUAUGGUACUUUUCUUCAAACCAUUUUAACAUCCCUUAGUAAAUUACAUAAAAAUCCGCUGGAGUAUGAAAAUCGUGGCAAAGGAUCUGGAAUCCCCGGAUUUCAAAUGAAAUGGUCCGCACAUAAUCGCCAGCCAGCCAGCAUUUCUGAAAACGAUCUACUACGAUAUGAAGAUUUUAGGCUUGUCUAUUAUAAAUGGCAUUCGAGACUUCUUAGAGCUUUUGAGCAAAACCUUCAAUCUAUGGAAUAUUUCUCUGUACGUAAUUCGAUUAUAGCUCUUAAUACAAUAGUGUCAUAUUUCCCGGCCAUCGACACAUUUGGUAAGAAACUUCAAGAUGAUAUUGAUAAGAUCGUAAAGAGUGAAGAACGUGGUGAUAUACGAACUUUGGCCUUAAGUUACUCAGCUAAAUUAAAAGGAAAACAACAAUCUUGGGUUUCUGUUCGAUCUUUCCAGAAAGCAAAAAAUUCUCCUGCCGUGGAUUCAACGCAACAUGAUGAAAGGUCAGAAAAAGGAUCAUCAAAGCAUGAUGAAACCCCUGAAAAAGGACCACAAAAACGUGAUGAAAGAUCAGAAAAAGGGUCAGCAUCACCUGCACAAAGAACCACUCAAUCCCCAGUAGUUGCACGUUCUGGUCCUUUAUCAAACGUACGAGGUGCACAUCCUUCUUCUCCUUCAUACUUAACUACUCGAGCCAGUCCACGAAUGCAAAUACAUCCACUGCCUGAUAAGCCUAUGAAACCGGAACGUGGACAAAUUCGCGAAAAAGAACAUGAGAGGGAGAAAGAACACGAGAGAGAUCGUACCAAAGACAGAAAAGAUAUGCAGAUUGAGCGUGACAAAGAGAUCAAGAAAGGAGAUCAUCAUGAUAGAGACAAAGAAAUCUCUAAAAAGUUAGAUCACUAUGAUCGUGAUAAAGAACGAGAACAGGAAAGGGAUCGUAAGCAAGAAAUUUCACGUAAUAGUGAUGAUAAAAAGGACCUAUUAAUUCGUAAUAAAGAAAGAUUAAUGAAUGAUGAUCCAAACAAAAGAACUGAUCAUCGUCCCCGUGAUCGUGAUGACAAAAUUAAGGAAAAAGAGCGUGAUAAACGUGACGAUAGACGGGAAGAACGUCGCGAUAAGGUGAAAGAAAAAGAACGCGAAAAAUCCAGAGAACGUGAACGAAUGGAUGAAGAUAGGGAUAGACGCGAAAGUGACCGUGGCAAAAGAAAACACACAGAGGAGCCUACAAUCAGGCGAUCUCGUGACAAUGCUGUGGCUCAAAGAUUCAUAAGUAAGAAAAGAGAUCGGACAGAAAGAGAUCGAGAUGGUGAACCUGAACAAAUUCUUUCAAACAAGAGGAGAAAUAUCGAAGGUAUCUCUCCAGUUCUUCGUCCACCCGUUAAACUUACUCGUGCCAUGGAACACAACGACUUUGUUGCUCCAAUGCCAGGCAAGUCAAUUGGUGGAAAGAGAAAUGAUAAAAGAGAUACGCGAAGAAGAUACUAA